GGAUUUGCCAGGGGUGGGGGUUUGACUCUGUCCUGUAGGAAGGAGGCUGCAGCGGCCAUGCUGACCUUGCAAAGUGUGUUUCCAUGACCCAAGACAGGAUCUUUGUCUCGAGCUCCGUGAAAGCUUCUCUUUUCAGGAGAGUGCAGAAUGCAUCCAGCAAAUGCCCUUCUGAUUGUGUGGGACUGAGGAGGGAAUUUUCUUGCAUCACAGUUCAUAAAUGGGCAAUUGAUGUUCAGAGAUUCCAGGAAACAUGAAGAAAGUUUCUAAAGCCUUUACAGUGAAGAAGGCUCAAGGAGGCAGGGGGCAGUAGUGGGAGAGCCUUUUGUUUUGCAAUUUGGACAGACUCUAGAGCCUUUUGUUAUAGAAGGUCCCAUUCAAGGUGGGCUGAUUUGUAAGUAGCAACAUAAAUAGGCUUUAGUAAAAUUUGUCAGCAAGGAAUAUGUUGCCUUCUGAAUCCAGAAAGGCCUGAAAAUGCUGGGUUUGUUUUAACACUGUGAAUGCUGAGGGUUAGCAACUACUUCUUGAUAGUGUCAGGGAUGGAGUGAUCCUUGUCUUACCGAGUCAUUUUCUGGAAUUUACCGAGGGGGCGGGUUCCAUACUAUGUCUGGGGCAAUGCCCAUCCCUCUGCUGUGAGCUUGUUUGUGAAUGUUUGCACUUGACUAAGUGUGUCAGCUGACUCUCCUUGGAGGAAGAUGUCACAGUGCGAUGUAAUGCUUGGUCCUGGAGGAAGCUGGAUGAAGUUUAGACCUUGCUGCGAAAAUCGUGUGUGAUGGCAAGGCUUUGAAGGACUCAACCAUGGGUAGCCAGGUGAGGAUGUAUUGUGUCCUUCAAAGGUGAAGGCAAACGGAAAACUGUGCCUGAGAGGCUGUUGAAAUAGGAAUGAAAAGAACUCAUUAACCAAAUCUGUAACAGCAAAAUGUAUACCAAAGGCCGAUUGGAUGGAGUCAAUCGUUUUAAUAAUAUUGAGUUCAGAGACCUCACCUAACCACAGUGUUCCGGUUACAGUAAUCUACUGUGAGAUGCCAUUCAUUCUUCUAGGUUUAAGAAAAGGCCAAAUUUGGCUGUUAAUAGAGGUACAGUGGCCAUUAUCACCCUUUUUCUAAAUAGGUUUUUAACAAUCCUUAAAGGGGAAGUUCCAUGGAGUCCCUUUUUCCCAAGUUAAUUGCAUGUAUGGAAGACUUAAUUUUACUUUAAUACUCUUUUGGUCAGCGUAUCCAUGGCACUAUAGGAUAUUUUAGGGCAGUGGACACUGUGGCAAUGGGAAAUUUAGGCAAGGCAGUAGUAGUUCUGGUGUUUAAGGUGAACACAGAUACUUCUGUUUCAUAUUUUGCAAAUCUUUUAUGACUGAAGAAAGUGCUUUGUUUAAAUUUAGUAGGAUCCCCUAGUUUAACUGUAAUCUGAGUCCAGAAUUGAUUGAAGUCAUGAAAGUUUGGCAAUCAGUGCAUUUCAAUAUAUUUUAAAGUUAAUUCAAAACCUACAUCAUAGUGCCAUGAAAGUCAAUCAGUUUCCUUUUAUCUUUUUGCUGUGUAAAUUCUUUUAGUAAAACUUGGGUUCCCAGUUAGUCAAACGUUAGACCUCUGUUUCAGGUUUUGUUUCCAUCUCCUAUAUCAGUUUUUUAUUUGUUUGUUGUUGGUGUUGCCAUUGGAUAUACCUCAGUGGGAAGAAGGUCCGCUCCAUGCCACUCAUAUUUCUUCUUUCAGACGCCUCAAAUGAGUACCUUAAAGAUUAGGUUCUCCUCCAAGUCAAUGAUUGCUUUAUAUGGUUUAAGGAAACCAGUUGAUGCUGGGUUUGAGUUAACUCCUUGGCUGUGUCAUGGAGGGGGGGGCAUAGGUGUUUUUUCUGUAAUCCUAAGGGUAAAGAGCUUUGUUGUUGGCAGAGGAAUAGGCAGGAGCAUUAGCAAAGGCAGUUUAUAGUAUCCUGGUUUUAGCCAUCUCCUUUCAAGAGUGUGGCCUAGGCAUGCUGCAUAGUAACGGCUUUCCUCCACCCAAGAGGUCACCCAGCUCUUCAUGUUGCAAAGGAUAUCGGUCUUUCUCCUAAGCACUGUGCAGAAAGGGCCAGGGCCUCACUGAGCCCCACACCCUGGGCCCAAUGUCAGUAGCAGUAUAUGUAGGAAUGAAGACAUGUGACUUGCAGAUGGGUCCAGGUCAAGACACAGACUAUGGCCCUUUGAGGGAGGGCUCCAAGUCCAUAUCCUGUCCUAAAUGUCAAAUAGUGCAACUUCUGAUGUAGGUUAGUUAAAUCCAUAACAGAGCUUGAGAGAGGACUUGGCAGUUGCAGCACGGAGUAGCACAGCCCAAAGCACAGUUUAGCCAGCAGGCAGCAAGGCUAGUUAGCAAGCCAAAGCAAGAGAGAAAAACCCCCCGGGUGGUGGUUAUCAUCUAGACGUGUUUGCUGUGUCAGCUGUUAUGGUCACCCUGAAGAGGAGAGAUGAGAGCCCCCAGCCAAUUUUUGCUUCAGGUAUUUAUGAGCCUCCAUUUAUUGUACUACUGCAGUGAACCAACCUUGGAUGUGAAAAUUGCCUUUUGUCAGGGAUUCGAUAAACAAGUGGAUGUGUCAUAUAUUGCCAAACAUUACAACAUGAGCAAAAGCAAAGUUGACAACCAGUUCUACAGUGUGGAAGUGGGAGACUCAACCUUCACAGUUCUCAAGCGCUACCAGAAUCUAAAGCCGAUUGGCUCUGGGGCUCAGGGAAUAGUUUGUGCUGCCUAUGACGCUGUUCUUGACAGAAAUGUGGCCAUUAAGAAGCUCAGCAGACCCUUUCAGAACCAAACUCAUGCCAAGAGAGCUUACCGGGAGCUGGUCCUCAUGAAAUGUGUGAACCAUAAAAACAUUAUUAGUUUAUUAAAUGUCUUCACACCCCAGAAGACGCUGGAGGAGUUUCAAGAUGUUUACUUAGUGAUGGAACUGAUGGAUGCCAACUUGUGUCAGGUGAUUCAGAUGGAGUUAGACCAUGAGCGAAUGUCUUACCUGCUAUACCAAAUGUUAUGUGGCAUCAAGCACCUUCACUCUGCUGGGAUUAUUCACAGGGACUUAAAACCAAGUAACAUUGUAGUCAAGUCUGAUUGUACACUGAAAAUCCUGGACUUUGGCCUGGCCAGGACAGCAGGCACAAGCUUCAUGAUGACUCCUUAUGUGGUGACACGUUAUUACAGGGCCCCCGAGGUCAUUCUAGGAAUGGGCUACAAGGAAAAUGUUGACAUGUGGUCAGUAGGGUGCAUCAUGGGAGAAAUGAUAAAAGGUGCAGUGCUGUUUCCUGGCACUGAUCAUAUUGACCAGUGGAACAAGGUAAUUGAGCAGCUGGGAACGCCAUGUCCAGAAUUCAUGAAGAAAUUACAACCCACGGUAAGAAACUAUGUGGAGAAUCGACCCAAGUACGCAGGACUCACCUUCCCCAAGCUCUUCCCAGAUUCCCUCUUCCCAGCGGACUCCGAGCACAAUAAACUCAAAGCCAGCCAAGCCAGGGACUUGUUGUCAAAGAUGCUAGUGAUUGACCCAGCAAAAAGGAUAUCAGUGGAUGACGCCUUACAGCAUCCGUAUAUCAAUGUCUGGUACGACCCUGCUGAAGUGGAGGCGCCUCCGCCUCAGAUAUAUGACAAACAGCUGGAUGAGAGAGAACACACCAUCGAAGAAUGGAAAGAACUCAUCUACAAGGAGGUGAUGCUUUCGGAAGAGAAGACGAAGAACGGCGUCGUGAAAGGCCAGCCCUCUCCCUCAGGUGCAGCAGUGAACAGCAGUGAGAGUCUCCCUCCUUCCUCUUCUGUCAACGACAUCUCCUCCAUGUCCACCGACCAGACCCUGGCAUCCGACACUGACAGCAGCCUGGAAGCCUCGGCGGGACCCCUGGGUUGUUGCAGGUGACUAGCCGCCUGCCUGCGAAACCCAGCGUUCUUCAGGAGAUGACGUGGUGGAACACACACACACACACAGACACACACACACACACAUGCACAUGCACACGCACAUGCACACACACACGCACACGCACACACACACACGCAGACACGCCACGACAAGAAAAUGGCCAGGGAGAGAAUCCAAGCCUAAAAAUUGAAACGAAUCUUUCAGCCUGCUUCUUCUCCAGAGUUCUGUGUUGCAGCUAAGCCAAACGUCUAUUUAACUUCUAGUUGCUCUUUGCUUUGGUCUUCUUCCAAUGAUGCUUUUACUACAGAAGGCAAAUCCAACACAAUUAGAGAAGCCUUUUCCAUAAAGUGUAAUUUUGAUGGCUGCAGAACCAGCGACCCGUAACUGCCCUUUCAAAUGGCAUGACAAGGUUUGCAGUGGCCUCAUCCAGCAUGUGUGUGUCUCUAUCUUGCAUCUACCUGCUCCUCUUGGCCUAGUCAGAUGGAUGUAGAUACAGAUCCGCAUGUGUCUGUAUUCACACAGCACCACUCACUUAGAGAUGCUACUGUCAGCGUCCUCAGGGCUCUACCAAGACGUCAGGCACUGGGGUACCACACGGUCCAUUUCAUGUGAUCUAUUACUCUGACAUAAGCCCAUCUGUAAUAUAUUGCCAGUAUAUAAGCUAUUUAGUUUGUUAAUUGAUUAAGCUGUAUGUCUUAUAAGAAAUCAUGUAAAGGGGGGGUUACGGGGGGAGUGAGCUCUCUUGGACCCUUGAAGAUGUAGCUUCCAAAUUUGAACUGAUUAAAUGGCACCUGUAUACCAAUUCGUAGAAAGAACAUAUGUGAUGCUUAUGUACAGUGUGGGGUGGGAGGGGUUACAGUUUCCAGGCACUAGAUGGCUUGGCCUUUGGGAGGAAGGUAGGGAUAAAAGCUGAGGGUCUUUUCUCUGAUAGCGAGUGGGUAGACGAGGCUGGAGGGUAGAGUUGCCGUGUGGAGGAAGACCUACAGGAGAGUAUUACUCAGAGACUGGGGGACAGUGACACUGGCACUCUGGAAAGGAGACCCCAUCUGUCAUUGACCAAUUAUGUGUCACAACCGGACAGAGAGUGACAGGCGGUGAGGCAGGGUUGUGUACAUAUCUGGGGUCAAGGAUCCCUCCCUGAAACAGAGUGGGCUUGCCUUCCCCUGGUAUCCUGAACAGAAAAUGAGCCUCCCUGGGCUAUUUUCAGAUUGUGGGGCGAGUUUUCCGUGAGUGUGCCACUUUCCAGGUGUAUACCUUGCCAGGGUUUUCUUUUGAGAGGAACUAUUACUUCCCUCUGCUGGUGUUUAAACACAGUAACAAUUCAUUUUAAAAAUACCCGAAGCCCAGGGCGAGCCUCAGGUCAGCAUCUGAAAACAUUGCCCCAGACAUUCCUCAGGGGUUUCCCCAACUCCAUAGUGUGGCUGGUGGUUCAUGUUUAUUUAUUCAUGUCCAUAAAUUUCAACCAUCCAAGGAGGGCUGAUCCUCCGAGUUUUGUACCACAACUGAUGUGACAGCAACAACUCUGCCCCGGAGGUACUGCUGCUAAAUACACUGCUUUAGCAAUACGAGUGUCUUAAAAGCCAUGACGCAUUUCCGUCGGAGGUGUGCAGCAUCUCCCCAGUUUAGCUCAGAUUAAAUGAACGUGCUCUACUGAGCACGUAAGCAGACACUGUGAUGCAUCCUGCGGUGUCUGCCAGGGGACACCAGGGUGACUGCUCAGCAAACAUCGGGGCCGGGUCGGGGCUUCUCCUCUUCCUCAGUCUGGUGAAGCAUCCAGCACAGCUCUCUGCCCUCUGGCGGUUCUGGGGCUCAUCAGGGGGCUGAUGUGCCCCCUGAAGAAGAAGGGGACCCCGUGGAAGGGUGGCUGAGGCGUGUGAGAUGACUGGCAAAUGGAACCCCCUUGAAAACCCAGCCGGUGGGAACGCCAGGGCGCUGAACACUGCCUGAAACCCAGCCGUGGGGAAGCUGUGUCUCGUCCAGCAAUAGUCAGUCCCCUCCCUCGCCGCGGGAUUGCUUCACACAGUAGGAGUCCUGGCCAGAGGUCCCUUGUUUCAAGUGGAGAGAAAAAUCAUUAGACUGUGCAGCCUGUCUCCGGGAAUAGAAGUGGCCCCAUGUUUCCAUCUCGCUGCCAUUGUUUUUGGCUAUUAUUGCCGACAACCUGAGUUUUAAGAUGCUUCCCCAUUCACACACGCCCACUUUUACUCCCCCCAGUGUUCCUCCCUUCCCCUUUUUUUUUUUUUCUUAAAGCAGCUCUCCUCUGUAUUCCUGCAUCUUCACUCCUUUCUCUGUGCUCUUCUCUUGCUCUUCCUGUGGCCCCUCCACUCCCAGCUCUUUAGCCACAUGGGAUCAAGUGCAGAGAGCAGGCAGCUAUUGAGAGAGAGUGAGUCGCAAGGGAAAUUUCAUCAGCCAUAAAAUGACAUCAGAAGAUAGAACAUCUCCAGCCAGCCUCUUAGACGUGCUUGACAGGUAGACUCUCUCACAUUUGCGGAAGGGAUCUUUUUUUUCCCCACUCAGAUGAGACCAGGCAGGAACUAGCCAGUGCCCCUCCCCUGCUAUGGCUACCUCCCCGAAACUCUCCCAGCCUGAUCUCUCCUGCUGCAUGGCUCUCUGGAGGCAGACCUCCCCGAUGGGCAAGAAAAAAGAUUGAGCAAAUCCUUCACGGAUUGAACUAUUAUGUGCAAAUUGAACUAAGGGUUCGCUUCUUGACUGCUUAUAGGAUUGAUUUUGCGAGGUUAUCAAAGCAAGCUAGGUGAUGGGCCAACAAAGAGAAUCAUCAUUUCAAAAGCCCACCAAGAGCUUCACCAUCCUGGGGCCUUUUUACCGUAGUGUCUGUGAUUACCAGAUUUGCAGAGUAUAGUGUGUUUUGCACUGAGUCUUUUUUUCUUAAAAAGCAAUAGCAACAACAAAUGGUUUUCUCUAUAGUCACCUGUUACUUCCAAGGGAAUUGCCAAGUCCCCUGGACCAUAUAUUCUUGGAAAAAAGUGAGGGUCCUGCCUGUGGUUGGGGCUCCUUUCAGAAUGGGAAGUUGACAGUCCGAGAAGCCUAGCCUCCUGUCACUGCCUAUGUGGCACGUCGUUUCACAGUGAUCCUUAAAGAAUGUUUUGUAGUAUUUUGUAGGAAGGAUGAAUGUGUGCCCACGUGCAGGAGGAAGCAGAUUGCUGGGAGAGCUUCACAAAAGCCCCGCUCCCACUGUGAUAUUUUUAUAUGUAUUUGUGGGCCAAUGUGUUAAAAAGAGAAGCAUUGGCCUUAUAAUGCAAUUUCUUCUUAAGGAAUAAAAGCUGAUAAUAAUCUUGCAUCUUCAAGAAUCCGAUGACCGAGCUUUGGGGGAACGUACUUUCAGACAGACCAGGGCCUGGUCACUUCCCUCCAAUUAAACGAUUUAACUGAGAGCCAAGGAGCUGCAUAUCUGUUAAUCUGUCGCCUUUGUCAGAAAAAUAUUUCCUAAGGAUGCUGAUGGCAGCUGACUGGUAAAUCAGAAAUAAGUCCUAACAAAUGCAAUAGUAGAAUAGGUGAAAUUACGUACAUCCUUUUAUGACCUGCUGAGUGGGGGGGAUUAGCAAAACUCUUAAAAUUUUAAAUAGUCAUUGCAAACUCUAAAUUAUGCAAUAUCUAUUUCUAUUUCAUUCUCUUAACAUAUUAUAAUCUAAAUCUUAAAAGCAUUAUGCUCUGUAAACAAUGCUCUCAGCCGGCUUUGCAGAAAAAUGUAUCUUCUAUAGCUCAGAGUAAGGAAUUAAAUUACCCUAGGAAUCUUGGAUCCCAACCACUUUGGGUCUGAAGAGGAAUCCCCAGCCCACUCAGAAUACCUCACAUGCAUUUUGAGGUCACUUUCCACAGAUAUCACUGAACCAAGUGUAGAAACUCCUUUCUGUAAGAACAGCAACCAAGCUACAGUGUAAAUAGUUAUAAUGAUUAUUUUCCAUGAGAUUAUAAGAUUUUGUUAUUUCUUUUAGCACUUGGACAGUUCUUUCACUGUCUGAAAUGGCUCACUUUGACCCAUUUCUUUGGUCAGCAAGCUGAAAUGGAAGGCCUUUGCCUGUAUAUGGACUCCUGUGCAUCUAACUUUUGAUUAUGUGGGACCAAUGGCCAGUAUAUUCCAGUGGACACAAAUCUCCCUCCCCUAGUUAGCAUUAAACUGUUCACCUUGCCAUGUCUGUCUUGCAACAGGACCUAACUUGCACCUGCCUGUUAUUCUGCAUGAUUGGACUCCAAAGACUAUUACAAAAGAUGAGCAUUGUCCCGUGUCCGUGUUUAUCAAAUGGACUUAAGACGCACACACAUUCAUUCACAUCUCACCCUUGCGGUUCGAGAUCAGCCCUGGAAGGCAGAACAAUGCACGUCCAGUGGCUUUGCAAGGGUCUUAGUGGUGAGAACUAAAAGUCAGCCUGAUGGAUCAAAUGCACUUCAGUGAUGUUUAAUGAGGAUUUGAAAUUAUUUAAAUCAUUUCUGUGUUCUCUCUCUUGCUCUCUUUUGCAUUUCUUUUCCCCCCUUUGUUUUGAAAAUGUUGAUGGAACAAGAAGGCAAAUGGGGGAGAACUUUGGCUUUUCUGAUCUCUUUGUGGGUGGAUACUGAAUCGAUACGUUGUGAUUUCUGUUUCUUAUGAAUUAUUAAAACCAGAGCAAAUCUGCUUCCCGCGACAUAAAACCAAAUCCAAACCCAGACUUUGUUGGAGUUUGCCUGUUGCCAGUGGUUGUCGUGCUGCUUGUUGCCUUGGGUUUCAUGUCCUGACGGUAGCUCUGAAGCACCUCAGAUUUCACUGUGUGGUCUGACUGUGAGAGGGAAUAAAUAAGAAAUGAGGAACCA